CGAGUGGCUUCUGCCUCUUCGGGGACCGCCUUUGAGGCUCCAGAGCCUCACCUGACUUUCGCAGAGAGAGGCGGGCAACCGGCUCCUUCCGCCACCUGAAGAGGAGGGUCCUGGGGCCCGAGAGUGUGGGAGGGAGUGAGGCCGGAGCUGCGGCCCAGAGCGGGGAGGAGACGCUCUGCCAGACGCAGGCGCGCCGCGGAGAGCUCAAACUUUGAAGUGGGCAACCACUCUGGAGCUGAAUGUGACAAAGCAAGAAGAUGGCCAAGAUUAGCACCCAAUACUCCCACCCUUCCAGGACUCACCACCUCGUGGUAAGGACCACGGACAGAGAUCUCGAUAGCAUUGAGAACGGCCUCAGCAGGACCCACUUGCCAUGUGAGGAGACACCGUCAGAACUGCAAGAAGGCAUCACCAUGGAGACCAGAGGACUGGCUGAAUCCAAGCGAAGCUCCUUCACCAGCCAGGGGCCCGCCAGGUUGUCACGCCUCAUCAUCUCGCUGCGUGCCUGGGCCGCCAGGCACUUACGCCACGAGGACCAGAGGCCUGACUCUUUCCUGGAGCGUUUCCACGGAGCCGAGCUUAAGGAGGUGUCCAGCCGCGAAAGCCAUGUCCAGAACAACGCGGGCAGCCAGGAGCCGCCAGACAGAGGGAGAAGUGACUGGCCCCUGGCCAGAAGCAACACCAAUGCCUGCAACAACUCAGAGAAGGAUGACAAGGCGAAAAAGGAGAAAGAAAAAAAGGAAGAGAAAAAGGAAAACCCAAAAAAGGAGGAAAAGAAGAAGGACACCACCGUGGUGGACCCCUCCAACAACAUGUACUAUCACUGGCUGACCAUCAUCGCCGUGCCCAUCUUCUACAACUGGUGUCUGCUUGUUUGCAGGGCCUGUUUUGAUGAGCUUCAGUCUGAGCACCUGAUGCUUUGGCUGGUCCUGGACUACUCAGCCGACUUCCUCUAUGGCUUCGAUGUGCUAGUCCGAGCCCGGACAGGCUUCCUGGAGCAAGGCUUGUUGGUCACGGAUGCUAACCGGCUGUGGAAGCACUACACAAAGACCUUGCACUUCAAGCUGGACAUGUUGUCCCUGGUCCCCACGGACCUGGCUUAUUUUAAGCUGGGCAUGAACUACCCAGAACUGAGGUUCAACCGCCUACUAAAGUUGGCCCGGCUCUUUGAAUUCUUUGACCGCACGGAGACGAGGACCAACUACCCCAACAUGUUCAGGAUUGGGAACUUGGUCUUGUACAUCCUCAUCAUCAUCCACUGGAACGCCUGCCUCUACUUUGCCAUUUCCAAGUUCAUUGGUUUCGGGACCGACUCCUGGGUCUACCCAAACAUCUCCAACCCAGAGUAUGGGCGCCUCUCCAGGAAGUACAUUUACAGUCUCUACUGGUCUACCUUGACCCUGACCACCAUCGGCGAGACCCCACCCCCCGUGAAAGAUGAGGAGUAUCUUUUUGUGGUCCUCGACUUCCUGGUGGGUGUCCUGAUUUUUGCUACCAUUGUGGGCAACGUGGGCUCCAUGAUCUCGCACAUGAACGCUUCGCAGGCUGAGUUCCAGGCCAAGAGUGACUCCGUCAAGCAGUACAUGCAAUUCCGCAAGGUGACCAAGGACUUGGAGACACGGGUGAUCCGGUGGUUCGACUACCUGUGGGCCAACAAGAAGACGGUGGAUGAGAGGGAGGUGCUCAAGUGCCUCCCCAACAAGCUGAGGGCCGAGAUCGCCAUCAGCGUGCACCUGGACACCCUGAGGAAGGUCCGCAUCUUCCAGGACUGCGAGGCAGGGCUGCUGGUGGAGCUGGUGCUGAAGCUGCGGCCUGCGGUGUUCAGCCCCGGGGAUUAUAUCUGCAAGAAGGGGGACAUAGGGAGGGAGAUGUACAUCAUCAAGGAGGGCAAGCUGGCUGUGGUGGCUGAGGAUGGGGUCACCCAGUUUGUGGUCCUCAGCGAUGGGAGUUACUUUGGCGAGAUCAGCAUCUUGAACAUCAAGGGGAGCAAGUCGGGGAACCGCAGGACGGCCAACAUCAGGAGCCUCGGUUACUCGGACCUGUUCUGCCUCUCCAGGGACGAUCUGAUGGAGGCGCUCACUGAGUACCCUGAGGCCAAGAAGGCGCUGGAGGAGAAGGGGCGGCAGAUCCUGAUGAAGGACAACCUGAUCGACGAGGAGCUGGCCAAGGCCGGGGCAGACCCCCAGGGCAUCGAGGAGAAAGUGGAGCAUCUGGAGUCCUCCCUGGACACCCUGCAGACCAGGUUUGCACGGCUGUUGGCUGAGUACAGUGCCGCCCAGAUGAGAGUGAAACAGCGGCUCAGCCAACUGGAAAACCAGGUGAAGCUCGGCCUCCCGCCUGACGGGGAUGCUCCACAAACAGAGGCCAAACAACGGUGAAGACACAGAGGUCUGUCUCCCGCUUCCCAGAGCCAGCUGUCAGUGUGAUGCUGCACGGCGCGGGACUUGGCCGGGGUUGAAUUCCAGCUUUCCUUACCCUUUGCGAGCUGCAUGGCCUCAGUGUCCUCAUCUAGAAAAUGGGACUCUUUACAUCUGCCCCCGUUAAGUGGCAGGUUGCUGUGAGCUCCACAAGAAGCACUGCGUGCAGCAGGGCUUUGUAAAGUGUGAGGUGUCCCCUGCUCAAGAGGAUGAAAGUGUGAGCACAAAACUCUUUUAAUAUUUAUCCCCGGGGAGUUUUUAGACUUUUGAACUUCAUUUUUUUAUUUUAUAAGUGGAAGAUGAUUUAGUCACCCACCCGCUCCUGCCCCUCACUUCACCCCCUUCUGCUGAGGGAGAUGUAACAGAAUCUGAAGUACAUGUGGUAACUCAAAUUCAAUACAUGAGACAGUCUGGGGCUUGUUUCUGACUCUGGUAUAUCCUCGUGUGCUCUUUGGGAUCCUAGAAACCCUGGCCAUUGGUGCUGCAACAAGCACAAGGGAUAAAGCCAGCUCUCCCCAGCUGAGGUCACUUCGAGUCUGAGAAGCAAAUCCAGGCUCCCUGCCGUCCAGCUGCUGUGAAACCAGAAUCUGUUUCAUAGAAAAGAGCAUCUCCGUUAGGGAAAGAGACAUCUGCUAACCCGCCAGAGGGGUUCAAAGACAACCUCUCUCUUGGUACCUGAGUCAGGGUUCUGGGGCAGCCUGUUCUGACUUGGUGGGGAGAGUUAUGUGGAGGGGAAAGGCUCCCAGGUUGGAGGUUGGAAUGGGGUCCUAAGCCAAACAAGCUGACCACUAGGACUUUUAGGAGAUGCGACCCUUAGGUCAUGUCUUUGCAAACUGCUCCUUGACCCCUGAAGAGGAAGCCUUGCUGUCCCUUGGAAUUACAUCCUGAGGCAAAGCUCUUAGCUGGAAAUGUGCAGAGUGUAGAACCUAGCUCUUUUUGUCUAAUCCAGUAAAUAGUAUUGCAUUAACAUUUUAUAUAAGGUAUCUCUAGAUUUGGGUUCUAUGUUUGUGAAUUAUUACCUUAACGGUCCAUCCUUUGCUUAAUACACAUUGUAAAUUACCCAAAGACGAGUCACGCUCCUGAUGCAGAGAAGCCGUAUAUGUAGGUUUUCCUGAUCCUCUUUUCCAUCAAUCUCUCUGUCUCUGUGUCCCCUUCUUCUUCCUUCUUUCUCUUCUGUUUCUUCUCCUCUUCUUUCUUCCUGUUCUCUCUUGUUCUCAGACAAGAUGCUCCAUUUGCUUUGAAGUCUCUGUGGUCCACUCUUAUAUAAUCCAUGUUCUACAUAACUCGGCCCUAAUGUAGUUCAUCCAAAAGGUGCUGCCUUUUCACGUAUGUAUUUUGGAUUUACAUGGGUCUCUUCUGGUUUUUACUAUGGACCAUUUGACCGUUUUAACUUUCUAAAAGGAAUUUCAAAGGCCUAUUAAAGGAAAGUGUGAUCCAAGCUCAUAUCAACAGCAAAAUGUAACUAGCAACGUGUUAUCAAAAUGCAUAUAUUUUAAAAAGCCUUUUGACUAUUAAUUUUGCCUACAUUCAUGUUUGCACAGGAAAAAUAGAGACCUGGAUUU